AUGGCUUCACCAUUAGAACAAUUCGUGAAUAAUGUAAGAAUAUCAUCAGCAUCAGGAAAUUUUCGUGAGCUUUACGAAAUGAUUGGAAAGUCGGAAGAAGUGUUGCAACGAAACACUGUACAUUUAAAUACAGUGCUAGAAACCCUUGAUAUACAACAACAUUCACUCGGUAUCCUAGCUGUGUUACUUGCAAAAUUUUCAUCACCACAGGGUAAUGAUGUAGAUAGAUCUACUAUGUACCAACAAAUACACGAUUUUAUUACCAAUUGCAAUGGAGAGCAGGUUCGCUUUGGACCAGAUUUAUAUGCUGAUUUAUGCCAUCUCUUGACUGACUAUCUCAUAGAGCAAAAACAACCUAUUCGAGGGAUUGAAAUACUCAAAAAAGCUAUUAGAAAAAUACAAUUGUUUGACUCACAGUUAACAUCUAUUCAUGCUGAUUUGUGUCAGUUAUGUCUACUGUCUAAGUGUAUGAAGCCGGCACUGGAGUUUUUAGAUACUGAUGUUACUGGAAUAGGAUCUGAGCUGGGCGGUGUAAAUGAUUCUAAACAUUUUUUACUCUACUACUAUUAUGGAGGAAUGAUAUACACAGCUUUGAAAAAUUAUGAUAGAGCCUUAUAUUUCUUUGAAGUAGUAGUUACCGUUCCAUCAAUGGUAGUGUCUCAUAUCAUGCUGGAAGCUUAUAAGAAAUACAUUUUGGUUUCUUUAAUUUUACAUGGGAAGAUAUUACCAACACCAAAAUACACAUCCCAAGUAGUAUUUCGCUUCUUAAAACCACUAUCUCUUGCUUAUCUCGAAUUAGCAACAUCCCAACAUGCUGCUUUGAAACACAGGGAAGUUUUUGUCAGAGACAAGAAUAUGGGAUUAGUUAAUCAGGUCUUGAGUUCUAUGUAUAAGAAGAACAUACAGAGACUGACAAAGACAUUUUUAACUUUGUCCCUAAGUGAUGUCGCAUCACGUGUUCAGUUAUCUGGACCUGCACAAGCUGAAUCUUAUGUACUCAAUAUGAUUGAAGAAGGUGAAAUCUAUGCAAUGAUUAAUCAAAAGGAUGGAAUGGUUGUAUUUCUUGAUAGUCCAGAGAAGUAUGCGUCUCCGGAAACAUUAAGUAUUCUAGAACAACAAAUGGCAGCAUGCACUAAGUUGCAUCAAUACAUUCAAGAAAUGGACGAACAAAUACAAAUGAAUCCACAAUAUGUGAAAAAAGCGGUUGGAAGUCAUGAUGAAGAUAUGCCAGCCACAAGUCAGAAGUCAAUAGCCAUAAGCACUUAUUCUAUGUAA